ACAUUCUGAAAAAUUACAGUAUUUAAGUAGGUACGCACUUUUGGAAUCGUGUUGUCUUUACUGCUAGUAAGUUUGUUUUAUCAUCAUGAUGCACGUUGUGGCGGGAAGAGAAAAGGUGAGACUAGGCUUAUAGCAACACGGACUACCGCGCAGUGCAACUCACGCCAGAGGCUUGUGUUGCUCUAUGGUGAUAGGGGACGCACUUAGUAUGAAACUACUUGCCGCAGAAAUUACCAAACAAAUAUUGUCUUUCGCAAUUAUAAUUUUCUAGAUUCUACAUAGGUGGAGUGUUUGUCUCUGAACGUGCGUUUGAGUGGGUCGCGGAAGCGCGUAGUCCUUAGAUGGUUUAAAUAGGUGGCGCUGCGAUUUAGUUCAAGAUAUUUUUAGCAUCAUUGUCUGUGAUUUAUUUCAAUAUUUAUUUAGUCCCUCAAGCGCCGCAUAUUUUAUGAUACUCUCAAACAUGAAUAUACAUAAACUCACGCCUAUUUCCCACCGGGGUAAGCAGAGGCUAGAAUUCCAUUCGUUUCGAUCCUGACACACUUCUCUUGCUUCCUCAACAUUCAUCAAUCGCUCGCCAUUUCUCAAAAAAUCACAAUAAUACUUAUUCUCUUAAUAAGCUUUAACUUUAACCUAUUCGUAUAAUAUGAUAGGUUGAUAAAUAUUCGCAAAACAUGAUAAACGCAAAAGACCAUCUGUGAGAAUAUGAUGAUUUGCGAAUAUAUUGUCUUACUUUUGAGAUGGUUUGAGAACAGUAUCAUAUACGUACGUGAGGAUAGGUUACUUAUUUUAUACACUGUCAGCAUAUCGCCUGAUCCUUAGCUUAUUCUAAGAAUAAAAACACAUAUUUGUUAUCUAUAUCUGUCAAGGUAUGUGAUGUCAAGUAAAAUCGUAUUUUAUAUUCUCUUUGGCAUGAACAUAUCAAUACUUGUAGAAAGGUUUUUUUAGAAGUAAUUUAUUUUUACAUUGCAACCGCUAUUGCGCAUUUUGAGAUAAAAGUUCUAGCAAUAUCGCUAGAUAUUCAAUAUAAAAUCAGUUUUGGUGAUAUUUAAUAUCAUAAUGAGUUUGCCGAUGGUUGAUAAAUUGUUCGGAAUUUUGCCGUUGAAGUACGGCUGUUUUCUAGUAUCAGUGGGCGGGAUAGGUGCAGGCGCAUUUGGGUUAACUGGUGUUAUCUUAUAUGGGCUCGUGGAAGAGAGCUUCCUGUCAGUUGUGGACGAGCAUGAUACUGCAGACGGCGGUUUGAAGAAAGUAGUACUGUGCGCGUUUGGACUAAACUCCAUCCUGUUGAUCGUUUCCAAUGUUCCUCUCUUUUUUGGCAUCAUUGUAAAAUCUCACGGAAUGACGAAUUUUUCGCAAGUCGUGAUGUUCAUGAUGGUGAUUUUAAAUAUCGUAGUUUUCGUCGCGUUACCAACAUCGUGUCUUCUUUUAUCUGACUGUUUAGUGAAAGCUAUAUCGUCGACCGUACUGUUGGUUGGUGUCGUUGCCAUGUAUGUAUAUCUAAGUUUAUGGUUAUAUUUCGCUGUAUGUGUAUGGAACUUAUCGUUGGAGUAUUAAAAUAAAUUAACAUCCAAUAUGAAAAGAAUGAAGUCUCAGGUACAUACCCAUUUAUAUUGUUAUUAGAAUUAGUAAAUAUUUCGUAUAUUUUUUAUUAAAAUAUUACUUCUUAUUACCAAAUAUUAUAAUUUUAAACAAAUGUUUUUGAUUUCCGUUGUCUAUAUGAUAGAUAAUAAGUACCUAGUUAAAGGUA